ACGCCUUUUGUGGGAGAAGGAUUCACCGCCAUCCAUGCAAAUCAAACCCACCUUUGAUCUUCAUUCACAAUUUCAUAUAUUAUAUAUAUGUCUACAAAACUCAUGUAUGUUUUAUAGCUAUAUAUAUAUAUGGGUUUAUGCAUGUGGGUGUGUGAAUGAAAAAUUGGAAAAUAGUCUCUCUUGUUCUUUAUUGAAGAGCGAUGGCUAGGGUUUCUAUUCGUCUCUAAUUCUCUGUAUUGUUUUGUUUCUCUUUUCUCUUUCUUGGGGACUUACCUUUGUUUGUGAAUCGGAACCUUUGAUUAAUUAGCUUAAGAAUUACCUAGUUGUUUGUUUGAAUCGGGGGGAGUUUGGGUGGGAGAGCCUAGGGUUUGUGAUUUGGGGGGUUUUGGUGUUGUGGGAGCUGAUUGGUGUCUGGGUUGGGAGGAAUCUAGGGUUUGUGAUCUGGGGUUUUGGUGUGGUUGAGGUGGGGAGGGAAAGAUUGAAUCUUGGGGAUUGUUUUUGUUGGUGGGGUUUUGAAGAUGGUGGGGAAUCGUGGAUCGGGUGCCGUCUGAUCGCCGCUUUCCCGGUGGCGAGCAACCGUCCGAUUUGAGGGGUGGGGGCUUUUGUAUGGAAACUCGGAGCCGCAAGCGGGCGGAGGCGUCCUCAGCAGCCCCUUCUUCUGGACCCACCACCCGGUCGAGCAAGCGACCUCGUAUCUCCUCUUCUUCUUCUUCGACGAUCCCAAUUUCAUCGAUCUCGACUCGCUCUCGCGUGUCUAGGUCUCAAGACUCAUUGGCUUCGUCUACCCCCAUGGACUCAACCAAUGAAUCCUCCGGUUCUGCUGCCCGUGGCCGCCGUGGUCGCAAUCAGGGCGGUGAUAAAGAUAAUUCCGAUAAAGGAAAGGAGAAGGAGCAUGAAGUUAGGGUUAGGGACAGGGACAGGGACAGGGAUAGGGACAGAGAAGCGGCGGAGAGGGCAUUAGGCUUGAAUAUAGAUGGUGGGGGAGGUGGCGAUGACGAUGACAAUGACAGCGAAGGCGGUGCAGGAAUUUUGCAUCAGAAUUUCACCUCUGCUAGCAGUGCCCUCCAAGGGCUGCUUCGUAAACUAGGGGCUGGGUUGGAUGAUCUGCUGCCGUCUUCUGCGAUGGGCUCCGCGUCUUCCUCUCACCAGAGCGGCCGGUUGAAGAAGAUUUUGUCGGGGUUGAGGGCGGAUGGUGAAGAGGGAAGGCAGGUGGAGGCCUUGACACAGCUUUGUGAGAUGCUUUCCAUUGGUACUGAGGAGUCACUCAGUACAUUUUCAGUGGAUUCCUUCGUGCCGGUGCUCGUGGGUUUGCUCAAUCAUGAGAGCAAUCCCGAUAUUAUGCUUCUUGCGGCCCGGGCAUUGACCCAUUUAUGUGAUGUGCUGCCUUCUUCAUGUGCAGCAGUAGUGCAUUAUGGUGCAGUUUCAUGCUUCUGUGCUAGGUUACUCACAAUUGAGUAUAUGGACUUGGCUGAACAGUCUUUGCAAGCUCUUAAGAAGAUAUCUCAGGAACACCCAACUGCCUGCUUGCGAGCUGGAGCACUCAUGGCAGUGCUUUCAUAUCUGGAUUUCUUCUCCACGGGGGUCCAGCGAGUGGCCUUGUCUACAGCUGCAAAUAUGUGCAAGAAACUCCCUUCAGAUGCAGCUGACUUUGUGAUGGAAGCUGUCCCUCUGUUGACGAACCUUCUGCAGUAUCAUGAUGCUAAGGUGUUAGAACAUGCUUCUGUUUGCUUGACUCGAAUUGCUGAAGCAUUUGCUUCAUCUCCGGAUAAAUUGGAUGAACUAUGCAAUCAUGGACUAGUUGACCAAGCUGCCUCUCUCAUUUCCACCAGUAAUUCUGGGGGUGGGCAGGCAUCCCUUAGCACGCCGACGUACACGGGGUUAAUCCGACUUCUUUCUACAUGUGCAAGUGGGUCUCCUUUGGGAGCCAAAACUCUGCUUCUCCUAGGUAUCAGUGGCAUUCUUAAAGAUAUAUUAUCAGGUUCUGGCCUUGUUGCAAGCAUAUCUGUUUCACCUGCUAUAAGUCGACCGCCUGAGCAGAUUUUUGAGAUCGUUAACCUUGCAAAUGAGCUGCUGCCUCCACUUCCAGAAGGAAUCAUUUCUCUUCCAGCUAGCUCCAAUCUUCUUGUUAAAGGGACUCUUGUGAAGAAGGCUCCAUCUAGCAGUUCUGGGAAACAGGAAGAUGUCAAUGGAAAUGUGCCUGAGGUUUCUGCUCGUGAGAAACUAUUAAAUGAUCAGCCCGAGCUUCUGCAGCAAUUUGGAAUGGACCUUCUUCCUGUUCUAAUACAGAUCUAUGGAUCCAGUGUGAAUGGCCCUGUUCGCCAUAAAUGUUUGUCAGUUAUUGGAAAAUUAAUGUACUUCAGCACCGCAGAUAUGAUCCAGUCUUUGAUUAGUGUGACAAACAUAUCAAGUUUCUUAGCUGGUGUUUUAGCAUGGAAAGAUCCUCAAGUGUUGGUUCCUGCCCUCCAAAUAGCUGAGAUCCUGAUGGAAAAACUUCCUGGGACGUUUUCCAAGAUGUUUGUGAGGGAAGGUGUUGUUCAUGCUAUAGAUACAUUAAUUUUGGCUGGGUCUCAAAAUGCAGUUUCUGUUCAACCAUCUUCCAAUGAGAAGGAUAAUGAUUCUAUAACUGGAACAUCACGGUCUAGGCGUUAUCGAAAACGUGGUGGUAACCCAAAUCCAGAUGCAAAUUCCUUGGAAGAACCCAAAACUUCUGUUUCUGUAACUAUUGGUUCACCUCCAAGUUCGGUAGAAAUUCCCACUUCUAAUUCUAAUCUUCGCACCACAGUAAGUGCAUGUGCAAAAGCUUUCAAAGACAAGUACUUCCCUUCAGAUCCUGGCUGUGCUGAAGCUGGAGUUACGGAUGAUCUUCUACAUUUAAAGAAUCUUUGCAUGAGGUUGAGUUCUGGAAUUGAUGAUCACAAGACCAAAGCAAAGGGAAAGUCUAAAGCUUCUGGGCAUCGCCUUAUUGACACAUCUACUAAUAAAGAGGAGAAUUUGACUGCAGUGUUAUCCGAGAUGUUAGCUGAACUAAGCAAAGGGGAUGGUGUAUCCACCUUUGAGUUUAUUGGUAGUGGAGUUGUUGCUGCUUUGCUGAACUAUUUUUCUUGUGGACACUUCUCUAAGGAGAGAAUUUCAGAGGCUAAUCUGUCCAAGUUUCGGACCCAAGCACUUAAAAGAUUUAAGUCUUUUGUUGCAAUUGCCCUUCCAUCCAAUAUUGAUGGAAGGAAUGCUGCUCCUAUGACUGUCUUAGUUCAGAAACUUCAAAAUGCUUUAUCCUCCUUGGAACGUUUUCCAGUGGUGCUUAGCCAUUCAUCUAGAUCUUCUAGCGGAAAUGCACGUCUCUCUUCUGGACUAAGUGCAUUGUCUCAACCAUUCAAGCUGCGGCUUUGUCGAGCCCAAGGGGAAAAAUCUCUCCGCGAUUAUUCUUCCAAUGUUGUACUGAUUGACCCAUUAGCUAGUUUAGCAGCUGUUGAGGACUUUCUUUGGCCCCGAGUUCAACGUGGUGACACUGGGCAGAAGCCCUCAGCAUCUGCAGGAAAUUCAGAGUCUGGGACCACGCCAACUGGGGCUGGUGCUUCAUCGCCAUCUACUUCUACUCCUGCUUCCACUGCUCGUCGUCAUUCCACUAGAUCCAGAACAUCUGUGAAUAUAGCUGACACAGCUAGAAAAGAACCUCCACUGGAGAAAACCCCAAGCUCAUCAAAGGGCAAGGGUAAAGCAGUUCUCAAACCUGCCCAGGAGGAUGCAAGAGGACCUCAAACAAGAAAUGCAGCUCGUAGAAGGGCAUCUCUAGAUAAAGAUGCACAGCUGAAACCUGUGGGAGAUUCUAGUUCUGAGGAUGAAGAGUUGGAUAUAUCUCCUGUUGAGAUUGAUGAUGCAUUAGUUAUUGAAGAUGAUGAUAUCUCAGAUGACGAAGAUGAUGACCAUGAUGAUGUGCUAAGAGAUGAUUCUCUACCUGUUUGCAUGCCAGACAAAGUGCAUGAUGUGAAAUUGGGUGACUCAGCUGAAGAUAGUAAUAAUGCUCCUGCAACAAGUGAUAGUCAGACCAAUGCAGCUUCCGGUUCUAGUAGCAGAGCUGCUGCAGUUAAGGGUUUGGACUCCACUGAGUUUAGGAGUGGGAACUCUUUUGGUUCAAGGGGGGCAAUGUCAUUUGCUGCUGCUGCAAUGGCAGGACUUGCAUCUGCAAAUGGUAGAGGUAUCAGGGGAGGCAGAGAUCGGCAUGGACGCCCUCUAUUUGGUUCUAGUGAUCCUCCUAGAUUAAUAUUUUCUGCAGGCGGGAAGCAGCUUAAUAGGCACUUAACAAUUUAUCAGGCCAUCCAACGCCAACUUGUGCUAGAUGAGGACGAUGAUGAAAGAUACAAUGGCAGUGAUUUUAUAUCUAGUGAUGGUAGCAGGUUAUGGAGUGAUAUUUAUACUAUCACAUACCAAAGGGCAGACGCUCAAGCUGACAGAGCUUUGGUAGGAGGAUCAAGUUCUGCUACCCAGUCAAGAUCUACCAGAGCUGGGUCUGGUUCUAGUUCUAAUACUGACAUGUCACUUCAUCGAAUGUCGCUCCUAGAUAGCAUCUUGCAGGGUGAACUUCCUUGUGAUUUGGAAAAAUCUAAUCCUACUUACAAUAUAAUGGCAUUGUUGCGGGUACUGGAGGGUUUGAACCAACUUGCGCCUCGCUUAAGAGUCCAGGCAGUAUCUGAUGAUUUCUCUGAAGGGAAGAUUUCUUGUCUAGAUGAGCUUAGUGCAACUGGUGCCAGGGUUCCAUAUGAGGAAUUUAUCAAUAGCAAGCUAACUCCGAAGUUGGCCCGCCAAAUCCAGGAUGCUCUUGCACUGUGUAGUGGUAGUCUUCCAUCGUGGUGUUACCAGGUGACAAAAGCAUGUCCAUUCUUGUUUCCUUUUGAGACCCGGCGACAGUAUUUCUACUCAACUGCUUUUGGAUUGUCACGUGCUUUAUAUCGGCUCCAGCAGCAACAAGGUGCAGAUGGUCAUGGAUCAACAAAUGAAAGAAUUGGGAGAUUGCAGCGCCAAAAAGUUCGUGUCUCAAGAAACCGCAUUUUAGACUCUGCUGCAAAAGUCAUGGAGAUGUAUUCUAGCCAAAAGGCUGUUCUUGAAGUAGAAUAUUUUGGUGAAGUUGGCACUGGAUUAGGUCCUACAUUGGAGUUCUAUACCCUUCUAAGUCAUGACCUACAGAAGGUUGGGCUUGGCAUGUGGAGGUCAAAUUUUUCACCAGAUAAACAAUCAAUGGAAAUUGAUGGAGAUGAACUGAAAAAUGGAAAAACAGAUAAUAUCUCUAGGUUGAGUCCUGCUGCCAGCGAUAUUGUCCAAGCUCCCCUUGGGUUGUUCCCUCGGCCCUGGCCUCCAAAUGCUGAUGCUUCUGAUGGUAGCCAAUUCUCUAAGGUUAUUGAACAUUUUCGCUUGGUUGGGCGUGUGAUUGCCAAAGCCCUUCAAGAUGGGCGGCUCUUGGACCUGCCAUUAUCGACAGCACUUUACAAGCUUGUGCUUGGUCAAGAGCUUGAUUUGCAUGAUAUUCUUUCUUUUGAUGCCGAUUUUGGGAAGAUCUUGCAAGAACUACAAGUCCUUGUUAGUCGGAAACAGUAUCUAGAAUCGACGGGUGGUGAUAAUCAGGAUGCGAUUGCUAAUUUAUGUUUCCGUGGGGCGCCAAUAGAAGAUCUCUGUCUGGAUUUCACUCUUCCUGGUUAUCCAGACUACAUUUUGAAACCAGGAGAAGAAAAUGUGGAUAUUAAUAACUUGGAGGAAUAUAUAUCUUUGGUCGUUGAUGCAACCGUUAAAACUGGAAUUAUGCGGCAAAUGGAAGCAUUUAGAUCAGGUUUCAAUCAGGUUUUUGACAUCACAUCUCUACAAAUAUUCUCUCCGGAUGAAUUGGAUUAUUUGCUAUGUGGCAGAAGAGAGUUGUGGGAGGCUGAGACACUUGUUGAUCACAUAAAGUUCGAUCAUGGAUACACCGCCAAGAGCCCUGCAAUCAUUAAUUUACUUGAGAUUAUGGGAGAAUUCAACCCAGAGCAGCAGCGGGCCUUCUGCCAGUUCGUCACUGGCGCACCUAGACUGCCGCCUGGUGGUCUGGCAGUGCUGAAUCCAAAGCUGACUAUUGUCAGAAAGCAUUCUUCGAGCACAGUCAGCACAGCAGCCAAUGGUAGUUCUGGCCCAUCGGAAUCAGCGGAUGAUGACUUGCCCAGUGUCAUGACAUGUGCUAAUUACCUCAAGCUUCCUCCGUACUCUACCAAGGAAAUCAUGUACAAGAAACUUCUGUAUGCGAUCAGCGAGGGACAGGGGUCUUUUGAUUUGUCAUGAGUCUCUCCAAAACUAACCAAUUGACCUGUGUAUAUCACAUCACAUCACCACAAUGUCAGGGUCAAUUCUCUUCAGGCUAAUUUUUGACAUUGGGAGGUAGUAGCCAUCCUCUUCUGCUGCUCAAAUAAUAUGGCUUCUUUUUGGAAAAACCCUUCAAGGUUAGUUUCAAUUUUCUCAUGGAUGAUGCUGUCUGAUUGAAUUUUGUCCAGGGAUUGAUGGUAUGGACCCCAUUGUCUUGGUCAUAAAAAUUAUCCUGUAAAGUUCCAACCCUUUUUGCAGAUUCAUCCAUCCAUCCAUCCUCCUUUUGAUUAGUUUUUUGCAAAUGUCCUUGAAUGUGUGAGGUCUUGUUCAGGUCAGUGACAGCAAACAUGAUUAGAGAGAGCUUUGAAGGGUGGGGAAAUUUGCGGAUCUCUAUUCGGCUGCUAAAUGCUUUGUAAAUAAAAAUAGGAAAAUCUUGAUUCUUCUUAUUGGCUGGUAGGAGUAUACAUGUAUGCCCCAAACAUGAAUGAUAUAAAGGGAAAAAUAAAUCCAUUCAGACAUUGUUUUUGGCUUUCA